GCUGUUUCGUGUAAGUUGCUGCAGUCCGGUGGCUAGUGGAGGUGAAGUUCGGCUUUGAUGGCUCUAGACGCGCUUCUGGGUUCUGGCCCUCUGCUGCUCCUGGGCAUAGUCAUUUUCAGCUCUGUGACUAGCAGUGAAAAUGCAACAGCUGGCCCAGAAACCAAGAAGCUUUCCUGUGAUUACAUGAAUGGAACAUGUAUAGAUUUGAGAUUGAGUGGACAUUUUUCUGAAUGUCCUGAGAAGUACAAGUACUUCUGUGUCAAGGGAAGAUGCCGCUAUGUUGAUGCAGUACAAACGCCAUCCUGCAUCUGUGAGAGAGGCUACACUGGGGAAAGAUGCGAACGAUUGGACUUAUUUCAUUUAAGAGGAGAUCAAAGUCAAAUUGUGGUGGUUUCUUUGAUAGCUGUUAUGGUAAUGCUUAUCAUCCUGAUUGCAUGUAUCUGCACUUGCACUCAUUAUUGUCGGAAAAAACGUAGAAAGAGGAAACAGGAGGAAUGUGGGACUUGUGAUAAUGCGCAACCAAUGAAAACUGAUGAUACAUUUGAGAUGGAUAUUGAAUGAAGUUUACAGGACUCUCCUGGAUUAGGAAGAGUCCUAGAAUCAUCCCACAAGAUCCUCCAUACAAUAGCUGUCUGCAGAAGAUUUGGGGAGCUGUGCUUCAGAGCAGUCAGUGAGCCAUUCAGCUGGGGGCAGGUCUUCAAUCACUUUGUUGUUGAAAAAACAGCUGUUUUGGAAUUUAUUUUUCAAAUGGGAAAUAAGUCAUGCCUUUCAUUUCUUAAACACUUCAUUAGAUUAUUAUCUUUAAUAAGGUAAAAGAGGCUCUUUUCAGUCACAGCCUCUUACUCCUUUCUGAAAAUCUGCACCAUUCACCAUUCUUAUUGCUGAAUGACAAGGAAGAGGGCUGCUGGAGAGGAGCUAAAAUAAGGAAGUGUGGAGUACUAUUAUAUUAACUUUGAUGGAGAAACAUAAGGAUCUAAAAAGUUGUGGUUUUAUUUUGUCAUUUAUAUGAAUCUGCCACUCUUAUUUGAUGUUGGGAGUUAAAAUCUGUAACUUUGGACUUUUGUUGCGGGUGGUUAAAAUCUUCCAAUUUUAAUGAAUUCUGAUUGGCCAGGAAAUAUCAAUUGAUUUGUAAAAGUCUAUUCUUUAUUAUAAAAGGGAGCUAAAGAAUAGAGGAUGAAGAAAUAUUGAAUGCAUCAGAUGCCAAAAUUAUAUUCAAGAAAUAUUUAAAUAAAAAAAUCAGUUUAUAGGUCAAUUACCAGUAUGUUCUAAAGAUAUAUGAAAGAGGAGCAAGAGAAACAAAUUACUUAAGCUAUUGGAAAAAAGUUGAAUAAUGUAGAGAUGCAAUUAUUUGCAGAAAGUUAACCAAACCACAAAUGAUAUUCCACAAGUAUUUAACAAUGCAAAGGAGAUAACUGUAAUUUUGGAAUACAAAUCUGACACCAACCAAUUAUACCUAUUAUGAGAUGGUUUAAAUGUAAGUUUUCCAGUGCAAAUGAAAGAAAAUUCUUUCAAGUAAAUCAACAAUCCUCAAGAGAAGUUUGGGACUUUUUCUUUAUGGAUACCAACAAGGUUAAGAAUCUCCUGAGCAAAAAAAAGUUUAUAUUUGUUUGAUAGACAUUCCAGAUAAAAAAAUAUUUUAAUUUAUGAGGACAGGUCGGAAGGAGUGACUUAAUGAGCUAAUUUGAGUUAAGAUGGAUUUUUUACUGGUCUGAUACAUGUAGCUGAAAGAAAGUUCCAAUGUAUGGUUUCAUGUUUAUAAAGUGGAUUUGAAUUUUUUUUCUUUUUCUUAUAUGUAGUGCUUGAAUAAUUCAUAAAGUUAGUUGCAUUUUAUUGAAAUAGAAUUUGAAGAUAGGUAUGUUAAGAGGAAGUUAAAGAAAAGAUGCAUAGAAUUUGUUAACUUUAGAAAAAAACUUAAAUAAACAUUUGGAAUUUUAAAAUGGAUAUAAAAUAAGUUUUCCCUGUAAGGUUAAAGAAAUUGAAAGAGUAUAGUGAAUUUUGUUAAUAUGAAUGAAGAUCAUCUACAAAAUUUAAUAAGCCUAAAUAGAAAUAUAUAUUACUUUUCACAAUAAUGGAAAAGAAAGAAAGAAAAAUGGAUUGGUUAAGAUUGCAAUGUAAUUGUUCUAAACACAGAAAAUUUAUUUGGCCCUGUUUCUAUUGAGAUGUUGCUUCUGGUUUUUUAUGCUUUAUAUAGGGAAAAAUGAUAUUUAGAAUUUUAGUAAAAAUUUACUAAAUUUAGAAUUGUGUAAAUUAUAGAAUUGGCUUGUAAUAAUUAUAAUUUCAACCUUACAUUAUCUAUAACUGUUAGUAUUUUACUGUGUUGGAAAGAGCCAGAGUCAGGCUUUAUUUUUUAUUUUUUAUUUUCUUUUGCUUACAGUUUGCAUGCCCCCUUUUUUCCCUUAAUUUUUAUUUUCCAAUUGCAUUUUAUGUUAUAAUAAACUAUAAAGUUCUUAAAAAAAGAA